AUGAAUGGAUGGUUUGGCCCUAGGAAGGUUUCCGCGGACAAGCCAUCGGAUGAGACGCCCGCCCCGUCCUUGCCGUCGAUUUGGUACAGAUCACCAGAGCUGUACGAAUUGGAGAGAAGAGCCGUCUUCUCUCGCAAGUGGCUCUUAGUCUCCCAUAAGUUGCGAUUUUUGAAGGCAGGAGACUUUGUGCGAAUCACAGAAGCCGGUUUCCAGUUCUUCUUGAUCAAGGACCGCGAAGGGAACAUCAAUGCUUUCCAUAAUGUCUGUCGGCAUCGCGCUUACCCUAUCAUUGAACGUGAUUGCGGAACAUCUAGGAUUCUGGCCUGCAAGUAUCACGGGUGGUCUUACAGCUUCAAAGGAGCCUUAGCCAAAGCACCGAAAUACCAAGAUCUGGCCGGAUUUCAAAAGGAGUCAAAUGGUCUAUUCCGUAUCCAUGUCCAUAUCGACGGGCUUGGCUUCAUCUGGGUCAAUCUAGACUCGAGCACGACUCCAGGUGUCCCAUGGGAAGAAGACUUCAAGGCUGUCGACUGCCAACCAAGGCUGAGAAAUUUCAAUUUCGAAGACUAUACCUUCGAUCACCAGUGGGAGAUGCUCGGAGAAUAUAAUUGGAAAACUCUGGCAGACAACUAUAAUGAGUGUUAUCACUGCCCUACUGGCCAUCCGGCCCUCAACAGUAUCAGCGAUUUCAACAAAUACUGGGUCGAGACGAAGGGGGGUCACAUAAUACAUUUCAACACAGAUAAACCUAAUGUUGACGGGCUGGGGAUUUACAGUACUUUCUACUACCCCAACGCAUGCAUGACAGUCACACCUCAUUUCUUCUACAUGAUGCGGUGCAGUCCCAUCUCAUCCACUCAAACACAUAUGGAGUACGAGGUCUAUCGACAUAAGGACGCUACAGAUGAGGAAUUCACACGCGUUUCCGAUACCUUUAAACAAGUUUUAAAAGAGGACAAAGAUCUCUGCAAUGCUGCCCAGAAGAAUUUGAACGCCAGCAUUUUCAUCAAAGGAGAGCUUCACCCCCAGGCGGAAAAGGUGAAUCCCGUGGCAAUUGUCGGCACCAGAGAACACUUGAACAUAGGCUGA